CUUUCUCCCAAUACCCGCGGCGAGGCCGCCUCGCCUCCCCGCGAGCAUUAACCACUGCCCACGGUCCUUUCCGGCCACUGAUGUAGAAGACGUCCUAUCGUUUCUGUCUUUCGCAGACGACUUGCUUUAGCCAAAGUUCAAGCAUUGCCAUGUCACUUGCGUCGCCCGACUGCAGAUUCAUAUGAUACAUGAAGUGGUGUCGGAGAAGGAGCAAAUCGUGUUGCUUCUGCAUCACUUCAGCCACAGACAUAUUCAAAAGUAUCUCCCUAGUCUUCCUUACAUCCGCCUCCCGAACCAGCACAGCGAGAGUCGUCCAGUCCCAGAAGCAUCCCUGUGGCAUCCAGUAGUCAUCAGCCAGCACGACUGGGAUGCAGCCGAAGAACAUCGCCUCCAUCAGCCUAGGGCUCCAGCCUCUCCAUCCCCUCGGACACAGACAGAAAAUAGAAUUUCGUAGUCCGCUCUCAUACUCUCGCCGCCUGAACUUGUGCUGGACGACAAACGACCCGGGCGUAUCUUGAAAGAUCUUGACAAGGUCAGCACGCACAGUAUUUCUUAUCUUUCCCGCGAAGAAAACGAAAUAGCGCCGACCAGUGGCUUGAAGCAACGUAGAGACCGUUGAUGCAGACGAGUGCUUAUAUUCUGGCCCGAUGAUCGGUCCUGUGACGUCUCUAAGUGCUCUCGCUGCAAGCAUGAUGUUACCUGACAGGCUAAUGGAGACAUCGCGGCGCGGAUCGAAACUACACCAUAAUGUGAACACAGCCGGGAUACAAAAAGGGGAACAUCCAUAAUGUGAUUUCAAUGAGGCCGCACUUCCACAGCUGACAUGUACGGCGGCUUAUAGGGGAUCUUGAUCGGCUUACUCGACGACCAGGACUUGAAUCUCUCCACGUUGUGCAUCUAUUCAGGAUGGAUUGGACAAUAUGUCUCAAUCCGAUGCUACGGACUACCUUACCGUUUCAUACUCAUGUCUCUUAACCAGGUCAGCAGUGCAUGUGAGUACACUGCCGUUAUGGACAAAGACGGGGUCAGCAAACGCGAGAAAGUCUGCUCGUCCACCGUCGUGGGAUGUUGUCAAAAAAUGCAAUCGCCCUUUUGAACGGUUGAAGUAGGGAAAUUGCUUCGUGAUGUCCUCGAUCGUUUUCCUUAUGUCUUCUGCGCUCCGCCAGACGUCAAAGUUCGGAACAGUCAAAUCUGGCAUGAAGUGAGCCAGCAACUGAUUCCAAUGGACUCUGAGAUCAUUGCGGUGCGCGAAGGUGGCUGUGGUCGGGAAGACAGGCAAGGCAAACAGAGCAUCGGUUUCUUCAGGCAAUGCUGUUUCCGACGGUAAAACCGCGAAGUUGGGCAACUGCUGCAUGUUUGACCUGUGCAAGAUGCAUCAUACUUAUCGCGACAGUGUGGGUCAAUGUUCAUAUAAUGCGUGGUGGGCCGACUGACCAGAUGAUGCGCUCCGUCUGAUACCCUGUCAGCAAUGGACAGAAUAGAAAAUCACUGGCAGAAUGUGGUCAUGUGUUACCCGGAUUUCCUGACGCUCUGAGAAUCUGUCGAACCGACAGGAAUUCAGGAAUCAUCCUGAAGUCUGCAAAUUAGAACCACACUGAAAGUGGAUACGCCUCUGCAAGGCAUGUACCUGUGGUGGUUAUCGGAUAUUGAUACACAGUGAGAUUGCAGUGCAUUUCGUUUAGAAGGUCCGCCACCAAUUCGUCCAUAUGUGACAAACCGCGUCCCUUUGCAUUCUUCCCGCCGAAAUGCCUCGUUGUCGCAACGAAGUCCGGCACACCAUUAGACCUCAAAGGGUGAAGGAGGCAUUGGCAAAGUUGUUCAACUUCGCUCCUCUCAGGCUGAGUCUCUUUCCUCCUACGCGCCAGGCAUCUCACGUUUGUCCCGUGGAAGUCGUUCCCAAGAAGCAAGGCCAAAUUCAAGAUAUCAUUUGAUAGGCGCAUCUCGAAAAUGAGCUCCUUCACGACGCCUCGCACGACCAGAAAGACAACGACAGCGGCCAAACUGACCCCAAGCAACAAGCGGAACUUCACUCUCAUCACCAUGAAUCAAUGCAGCACCCUGAGUUUCAGCCAGCGUUUCCAUCGACAUGAGGACUCCACAUG